AAUCCUACAAGUGGUUGGAGAAUUUUGGACCUCAAAAUUUAUUCUGGUCAGCGUUCACACAACCCCUUCAAAAUUUCCCAUUUUCUCUGAUACUUUUCUCUCUCUAUUUCCCAUCUCUGAAUCUACGUACACCCCCCCCCCAUUCACACAAGUGCAUGAAUCUUUGACCACACUCGUCAAUCUCCAAAAUUCUUGGGUACCCACCUACUCUUUUCUUGCUUUUUCUACCGUGGGUAUCUCUUGAUUUCUUGAAUUCUUAACCUCCAAAAUCAUAGUUAUUGGUAAAUCUUCAUUUAGGGAUUUUUGUUCGAGUUUGUGGGUGCAUGAAGAUGGUGGGAGCUUUGUCUAUGGUUGGAUCAUCCAUGGUGGAUUCGCAUACUUGCCCAUGUUUGUGCUUGGAAGCUUUGAAUCACAAGGGUAGUGUGGAUUAUUUCAUUUUCAAUCGGAAUUCGACGAACAAAAAGCUGUGGAGGCAACGAGGGUCGUUGGAGUUGAGCAGUUCUUUUGUUGAUUCACGGCUUUCGGCGAAAACACUUUCCGGCAACAAGAAUCCGAAGAAGCAGCGGAAGAGUAGGAGUCUUGUGAUCGUCAAUGAAGUGGCCGGGCAGUAUGAAGACAGUUUCGAGGAUGUUAAAACGCAAAUGCUUAAUUAUUUCACAUACAAAGCAGUGAGGACCGUCCUUAACCAGCUUUAUGAGAUGAACCCAACAAAGUAUAGGUGGUUCUAUGAUUUUGUUGCAACAAACAAGCCCAGUGAUGGGAAGCGUUUCAUUCGCAUGCUUGUAAAGGAGAAGCAAGACCUUGCUGAAAGAGUGAUGAUAACACGUCUUCACCUCUAUGGAAAGUGGAUCAAGAAAUGUGAUCAUGCUGCAAUGUAUAAAGAGAUAUCUGAUCAGAACUUGGACUUGAUGCGUGAACGGCUCAUGGAGACAGUGAUUUGGCCCUCAGAUGACACAAACACGGAGAAAAUUGGGUGAAAAGCUGCUGCCAUGCCAGCAAAGCAACUACACCUUCUCUUGCUUUUUCUUACUUGUUUUCAUUGUCCAGGUAGAACCCUAUUUAGCUCCAAUUUUCCACCAAUUAAUAAGGUUUGUCAUAUUAGAUAUAAACAAUUUGUAUAUAUAAAGAUCAUCCAUCAUGUCAGAUUAGCUUGAAGAGAAAGAUUUGAAGCUCAGAAAUCCUGCUGAAUAUUUAUUGUUCAAAAUUCUAUAAUUUACAUUUUCUCGGGGCCUGUCUCUUCGCAAACUCCCUCUCAAAAGUUAAUGAUUGUAAUUUUAACAAUUCAACCCCUCCCUCAAUCUACAAGACAACUAAUUUUCAUAGGAG